UUGUGCAUCUCGCUCCCAUUUUCAGAUGCUACGCAGAAUAUUCAACACUGGCUUCCGCGACGACGUGGUUUACCGUUUCGUUGUGGGCCUCACUCACGUGCCUGUCUACGUAAACGGGAUCGAUUCCAGACCGUAUCCAGUCGUGUGUAUCAGCGCAUCCCGAUCCGACUCAAACCUUCGGCAGUGUGUCAAACUCAGGUGCUUCAACGUCGCCAUCGUCGUCGUUUCGAGUCAAUAACCUCGACUACAUCCCGUUCUGGUGGCCCGAUGCUUGCAUUCAAGACACAAAUUCGUUUACUCACUUUACAACGACCGAGCUUGGUUCAUAAAAAUCACGUCUAUCGCUGCCCUCUAUGCCCACGGAACUGUCGUACACUGAACCGACUUCGACACCAUUUAACCACUUGUCACGCGGACACGCUAGCCUCAGCCAUUCAACAAAACACAGAUGUUCUUGUCAGUCCACCGUCGUCCACCAAUCCUCCUGAUGUUCUCCCAACGCCAACCACGAUCACUACUGCCGAUGCAUCCCUUCGUCCCACAGGUCCUUCCUUACGAACUGACUUGGCCACCGGUACUACAACGGUUUCCCAGCCAAAACCGGCGUUAUUCUUACUCCAUGUGGAGGGUACUGUAGAUCCUAAGUCUAUUGACUCGAAUGUGAGACUUAAUGGUGAUACGCGAUCAAGUGAACAGACCGAAUCAGCGUUGUGUUGUGAAUUUUGUGGUAGAACGUUUCAAAAAUUAAAAUUUUUCGAAGAUCAUCGUGUCAUGUGUAAACAGGCUAUUCAUGAACGCGAACGUCGUCAACGUCUUCGAUUGCAUCGUCAGAUGGGAUUUCGUGACACAGAUGAAUUCAUACCCUCAUCCACCGAAACAACUCUAUCUGUACCUAUUUUUUCUUCCUGGACCUCGUCAACUGAGGCCCCACGUGAAUUGGCGGAUUCAGAUCGUUCUGACACAAACCAGAUCACUCCCGGUCUUCGUAGAUCUCAACGUGUUCGGACGUCUCGUGUUUUGUUGACUGGUACGAAACAUCGAACUAGGCGGAAAAAGCAAACGGAACAGCAGUAUACCAGCGAAUGUGCUGCACGUGAGGUCGCCGUCCCACUGCUAACUGCACGUGCCAGCCCGGCGUUGACAUUCGAACUAAUCGCGGAAUGCCCAACAAGCCGAGCUCGUCGUGCUCAACUGUGGUUACCUCACUGCCCGGGCGGGCCAGUUGAGACACCAGUUUUCAUGCCUGUGGGUACACAAGGCGCAAUGAAAGGAGUCACUGUGGCGCAGUUGGAAGCGUUAGAUUGCCGCAUCCUGUUGGGUAAUACGUAUCAUCUCGGCCAUCGACCUGGUCCGGAAAUUAUGCGCAAGGUCAGUACCAGUAACUGUAUUUCCUCUCACUACGUUCACGCUUUGCGGAAGAUUUCCUUUCUCAUCAUACUGGGGAAGAUUUGA